AUGUCAAGGCGGGAGACACGUGUCGAGCGCGUGGUGGAUUAUCCACCUCCACCGCCUAGUAAAUGCGCCAAGGUGCUGUACUACACCUGGAAACUAUGCUCGCUGGUCUUUUCCCACUUCGUGAUGAUCAGCCUUGUGGUGGCUUACUGCAUCCUUGGCGCUGUCACAUUCGAGAAAUUGGAGGCACAGCAUGAGAGAGAGGUGAAAAUGAACAUAUCGCAGAUUCGCGGCAACACAACACAGAGCAUAUGGCACAUGACGCGUACAGUGCCACUGCUAAACCAGACCAAUUGGACAUCCGAUGUCGUCGAUAUGCUCAAGGACUUUGAGAACGCGAUCCUACUAGAGAUGAAAGUGCGCGGUUGGGACGGGAAUGAAAGUACUGAGCACAUCCAGUGGACCUUCACCGGGGCUCUCUUCUACAGUAUCAUCGUCAUCACCACCAUCGAGGUCGGAAUGUGUCGAAAGAAGCUGCUAUACGAUUGGGCUAUUCACACGAUCUUAGGCUCUUCUAGAAGAGCCUGCUUUCAUGAAACAGCAGUAGCUGUUGAUAGCUUUAUAAGUGUAGUAAAUAGCACUUGCCUGGCUAAGGCUAGCAACUCCGCUUUCAUCCUCCCCACCACGUCAGCUUUGAAGUCAAUGAAGUCGAUAACAUUU